UCAGAUUUGAACGCUCAUUGCAGUAUGUGAUGCGAAUGGUCCAGGCGUAAUGGCGACUGCUGAAACAGCAGACACGGGAUCAACAGUCCCGACAGGGGCCAGCAGUAUUCGCAGAAUGGCCCCUGCAGAGUUGCCUGGUUCUUCAGGCACCACCCAAAGUAUGAAGAAGACCAUCGGGCACAGGGGUGUGGAAACGACCACUGGAGAGACCACAUACAAAAAGACCACAUCAUCUGCCUUAAAGGGUGCAAUUCAGUUAGGCAUUGCUCACACAGUUGGCAGCCUAAGCCAAAAGGCAGAGAGAGAUGUUCUUAUGCAGGACUUUGUGGUGGUUGAGAGCAUCUUCUUCCCCAGCGAAGGGAGUAACCUGACCCCUGCUCAUCACUACAGUGACUUUCGCUUUAAGACCUACGCUCCUAUUGCUUUCCGUUACUUUAGAGAGAUGUUCGGCAUUCGGCCAGAUGACUACCUGUAUUCCCUGUGUAAUGAGCCACUCAUCGAGCUGUCGAACCCGGGUGCCAGUGGAUCCCUCUUCUAUGUCUCUAGUGACGAUGAGUUUAUUAUCAAGACAGUUCAGCACAAAGAGGCAGAAUUUCUUCAGAAGCUAUUACCCGGUUACUUCAUGAACAUAAACCAGAACAAGCGCACCCUACUGCCUAAGUUCUACGGCCUGUACUGCGUUCAGGCAGGGGGGAAGAACAUCCGCAUUGUUGUGAUGAAUAACCUUCUGCCCCGGAUCAUCCCCAUGCACUUCAAAUACGACUUGAAGGGAUCCACCUAUAAGAGACGAGCUUCUCCGAAGGAAAGAGAAAAGGCUGUUCCUACUUACAAAGACCUGGAUUUUAUCCAGGACAUGCCUGAUGGCCUGCUGCUGGAAGCAGACAACUACAAUGCUCUCUGCAAGACUAUUCAGAGGGACUGUUUGCUUCUGCAGAGUUUUAAGAUCAUGGACUACAGCUUGUUGAUGGGAAUCCACAACAUGGACCAAGCAAGUCGAGAGCGGGAGCGUAGUGGAGGCAAUUCAAGUGACAGCAUUGCAUUGGAGGGCCCGGUAACUCCGGAUCAGCGUCGCCCCCUAGCUCAGAAAAGUUUGUACUGCACAGCCAUGGAGUCCAUCCAGGGGGAAGCACGAGGAAAGGGAUCUCUGGAUUCGGAAGACCAUGUGGGAGGUAUUCCAGCCCGCAACGCUAAAGGAGAAAGGUUGCUGAUCUACAUUGGCAUCAUUGACAUUCUUCAGUCCUACAGGUUUAUUAAGAAACUGGAACACUCCUGGAAAGCACUGGUCCAUGAUGGGGACACUGUUUCAGUUCACAGACCUGGUUUCUACGCGGAGCGUUUCCAGCAGUUCAUGUGCAACACAGUUUUCAAGAAAAUUCCACUUAAGCCGUCACCCUCUAAGAAGAGUCGUGGAGGGGGUCAAGGAGGGCUUAGAAGAGCCCCCACUUUAGGGGGUCCCACUCCGCUCACCCACGCAGCAGGACAGUCUGCAGAGGGCUCCAGACUGGGAUAUCACAGCCAUUUUAAAAGCACAGAAUCAGAGGCUGACACCAGUGUUCAGCAAGACAAACCAGACCUGGUUCCUAGGACGCCCCCACCUGCAGACCACCCUGCUGAUGCUGAGGCCAAUCUGUCCACCUCUUCACUAGGCAGCGCAGGAGAAGGUUCCACCUCUCCUCCACUACGCUCCGUUGGAGUAGAAGUGCACAAAUCAGCAAACACAGACCACGACCAGGGAAUGUUCCCCAGUUUGGGGGCGGAAGGCGCCGCUGAUAACUCAACCAACCUGUCUGGAAACGAGGAGGUAGUUUCUCUCUCUGACAUCGUCCCAGAGACUAACAUCUGCUUUUAAAAAAAAAAGAAACCUGGGCCACAUCUAUGAAGAUGAGGCACUUCUGGAACCGAUGAGGUGGUUGAAAGUAAGAGCAACGUAAAUGAAAAGUCCUCCCUCCAAGACGACCCCUUCAUAGGUCCUGUGUUUCCCAGUCACCCCUCAGCAUAGACGAGAGCUGCUCCGUCAACCAGGAGAAGAGAGAUGAAAAGAAAUGAAGGACUAGGCUUCUGACUACGAGCCGUCAUCGGUCACUAGCUCCAUUACAGCUGCAGCAGAUAUCUUCCUCAUUGUGCGUAUUGAAAUGAGGCAAGUCCUGUCCAUCAUCCAGAGGAUGAAGAGAUGCGAUUUUUCAGAUAAUUCAACAGAAGCACACUGAGCUCAGAGCUCACAUAAAGGGCAAACCUGCACGGCUGCAGUUUGAUUCCAGCCCCUGUACCUCUGGUCAGUAGAGACACUCUAAACUGACCAUAGAAAUAAUUUGAAUCAACAACUGCUGCUCGGAUCCACAAUCACAUUUAUUUCUUCCCUAUUGUCAUCUGUGUACAGUAUUUGGAAUCAGAUUUAGAAGGUGGAGCGGGUCGAACAAAACCCCAGGACAUUUUCGUUUCCCAUUUUGAAUUGUUGUAGUACCCUCAGUGGUACAAGCUAGACCUUUGCCACUGAUGAAUGUAUUCCUACGUUCCUCUAAAGCAGAAAGUGUCUUAUUAAAACAAACACCCACAUUUCUACCACCCUUAAAAUCCGUCCCCUGCUAAUGUGGCCACGUAUGCUGAAGUCUGAGUACAGAACAGAGCGUUUGCAGCAUUGCUGGAUAGUAAAUGCUGGUAAAGUAAGUGUCUUUUAAAUAUUGUAGUAUUUUUAAGUUAUUGUCUGUGCCUUGUGUGUUUUUCUUUGACUUUUUUAAAUGUAUAGCUGACAUUGGUGAAGGUUAGUGCUGCAGUUGCACAUAGAACCUGCCUUAUCACUACUGCUGAUGUUCAUCAAACUGCCAUUUAUACAGUAUAUCCUCACUAACCAGUCAGUUGUGAAGGUUUACAAGAGCUCCAGAACACUAACACCAGUUACCGUUGUGGGAGAUUGUCUUCCCCCUGAUUUAACAGUAAUUUGUUUCUACUGGUUAUGGAAACUAACACCUGAUGCUUUGACCAAUAUUACUAACCAUGACUUUAAAGCAAUCGCUUAAAUCUUUUGAAAUGAGGUUUCCUUGAAAGGUUAUCUGCGGUAAAUAUCUUACCUGCAGUGAACAACUGGAUUAAACCACCUUCAGAUUAGUUGGUCCUGUAUGUUGAAACUCAUCUGAAAGGCCAAAUAGGUUUUUUGUCAAAUUUCUUCAAACAGCUACUAUCUAAAUGUCCUUAAAAGCACAUUUUGAAUGCAGGAUUGUUUUUAUUUAGUUGCUUAUUUAUUAUUUCUCUGUCAGGGUCUAAUGGAAAUAAUUUCAUGGAGGGAGAUUGCAGAGCAGUUUGUAUAGA